AUGUCUUCUGAUCUCUAUUCUUUUGCCACAACUUUCCACCCACAUUCAACCUCAGAACAUGAUGGAACUCAAGAUCUUCCAUUUCUCUCUGAUUCCUUCCCUUUCUUCAACAAUACUUCUUCAAAUCCAUUUGAUGAACCUCUUCUUCCUUCUCAAGAUCCUUUUUCGCCGUCCUUUUUCUCUUUCUCUCCUCCAACUGAUCAUAACCUCACCAGUUAUCAUCAAACUAAUGGAAGCUUCUCGGAUUUCGACCUUUCCCAAGUUAAAAACGAGGAUUCGUCGUCGCAAUUAAGCGUUGAUUUUUAUAACAAUAAUAAUCAGUUUCUUCCUCAUAGUUACAGUAGUGUUGAGAAUGUAUCAAAGUACAUGCAAAGAAGCUUUAGCAGUAACUCUUUCGAAAAGAAGCCGAGUUUUCAGUUCCAAACUCACCGUGAUAGUCUUAUCGAUUCAUCGAAAUUUCAAAUGCAUGAUUUAAGCUCCUCCGAAAAUAGUUUGAGAAGGGUUUGUAGCACAGGUGAUUUGCAGAACAUGAAAGAAAAUAACAUGUCUCCGAAGGAGGGAAACUCGCAAGAGGAGUCGAAUUUCAAAGUAGGGCGUUACAGCGCCGAAGAAAGAAAGGAAAAAAUUUCGAAAUACAGAGCUAAGAGAACACAGAGAAACUUUAAUAAGACCAUUAAGUAUGCAUGUCGAAAAACACUAGCAGACAAUCGACCGCGAGUACGUGGCAGGUUCGCACGCAAUGACGAGCCCAACGAGAUUCCUAAGGUUCCGUGUAGAGACGAAGACGAAGUCGAUUUUUGGAUGGAAGAAUUGAGGUUAUAUGAAGAUGAUGUAACAGUGGGAGCAGCAGAACAAUAUCUGAAGAGCAAUAGUUAUGGAGUUAGUCAAUUUCAAUACUUUGGAUUAUGA